AUGAGCCACGCGGCCAAGAUGCACUCAGCUCGCUCGUCUCUCGCCUUCGGCAGCGCUCAGGGCCCCGGUCAGCGCCGGGGACGUGCUGUCCUUGUCCGCUCUGCCCCGAGCACCCCCGACACUCUCGUGAAGGACCUCGGCAAGGCGAAGCCGGACUGGACGGGCGACGACACGGCCUCGCGGGUGGUGAACGGCCUCAUCUCGGUGGAGCCGCUGUUCAACGUGAUGAAGUUCUUUGCGCGCGACACCAUGAUCAAGACCGCGGAGGGGAACGGCGUGCCGUGGCGCGGCACCGUGCGCGAGCUGGACAACCGCGACGUGUACGCCGAGUACAAGGACGUCCUGAGCCAGGGGGAGCCGGCGGGGGGGUAUCCCGAGUAUUACAAGAAGCCCUUCCACGCGUAUGAUGCGGGGAACCUGUGCUGGGACGCGGCGUUCGAGGUGGUGCCCGCGACGAUGUCCAUGGCGCUGCGGGUGUGGCCCGACGAGGUCAAGAGCGGCGCGAUCGACGCCAAGCAGGCACAGGUCCGGCUGCGGAAGGCGUACCUCGACGUCAUCUCCGGCUACCAGGAGCGCCAGGCGGCCGCGGGGCGCUCCGCGACGCCCCCCCGCGCCGUCACCUCCCUCCUGGAGGUCGGCUGCUCGGUCGGCGUGUCGACGCGCGCGCUCGCCGAGCACUACCCCGCCGCGCGCGUCACGGGCCUCGACCUCUCCCCGCACUUCCUCGCCGUCGCGAAGCACCUCGAAAAGAAGGGCGCGCCGGGCUUCAUCACCACGACGGACUACUCGUCGCCCGACGUCGUCGCUCAGGCGCGGCAGCCGAUCGAGUACGUGUGGCGGCGCGCGGAGGACACGGGGUACGCGGAGGGCAGCUUCGACGGCGUCCUGAUCACGUUUAUGUUCCACGAGUGUCCGACCAGCGCCAUCUACGACGUGCUGCGCGAGGCGGCGCGCGUGGUGCGCCCGGGCGGGACGGUCGCGGUGAUCGACAACGACCCGCGCUCGCCCGUGAUCCAGGGCCUCCCACCCGCGAUCUUCACGCUCAUGAAGAGCACGGAGCCCUGGAGCGACGAAUACUACUCGACGUCGAUCGAGGACGUCAUGGCGGAGGUCGGGCUCGCGGACGUCGAGUACCACAGGUCGGACCCGCGGCAUCGCUGCGUCGUCGCCACGCGGCCGCUGUGA